AUGGAUCAGAAUCGAGGGUUUCGGGAAGUAGCGCCCCCCGAUGAAGCUGAGCAGCAUGCGCAGCGAAGUCAGCUAACCAUGAACAAAACCGGCAAGCGAAGCUACCAAAGAGCUUGUAAAGUUGCCCUGGCGAAGGGAGCAGCACUUUACAAAGGCCGUCUUCUGACAGCUCAGGCUCUAGGAGCUCAUGAAGGACAAUUCGCGUCUCCUGCGAAAGCGGAGAGGCGUUCUUUUCAACCGAACAGGCAGAUCCAUCACAAAUUUGACAUGGAAGUCCUUACUUGGAACGCAGGCUCAAUUACAAGUCGAGUUUGGAACGAGAUUCUGGCCCUUUUGGCAACAACAGAGUACAAGAACAUCAAAAUCGUUUUCCUGCAGGAAUCGCAUUGGCAGCAGGACCAGGUCUACAGCUCAGGCCCGUGGUCAGUCCUAACCUGUGGUUCAACAAGCAGACACAAGGCUGGCCUGGUUGUUUUGGUGCAUAGCUCACUGGGUCCUCUUUCAGAAAUUCGCAGCACUUCCAUUGUUCCAGGGCAUUUGCAGCACGUCAUGAUCCCGUGGCAGAGAUCCAGAAUACAUCUCCUGAAUCUGUACCAGCACGUCUGGGAUUCAAAGCUCUCGAAGACGGAAAACAGAGGCAGGAGAAAGGACGUGAUGACACAGCUCGAAAAUCGCAUUCAGCGAGUCCCACAACGUGAUUUCUUGCUUGUGGCUGGGGAUUUCAAUUCGCAUGCGGUGACUGAACGUCCUCAUAUCGGACCCAGUGUGCCUCAUCGAGUACGGUUUGCAAAUGCAGAUGUGAAGACACUGCCCUCGCUCUGCAAAUCCUGUGGACUAACUGCGCUGAACACUUGGGCUUCUGGCCAUCGCAGUACGUAUGUUAACAGUGAUGGCACAUAUUCCUCUCAGAUCGAUUUUUUGCUGGUCAGACUGCAUGAUGCUCGGAGGAGAUCCAAGGAGGCCUACUCGGAUAAGAACUUUCCUGUGGCUGCCUACAGAGAUGGAUCAAAACACUUUCCAGUGCGAGCUACUCUGUUCAUUCCUCCUUACAGUCCUACACCCAGCAAGCCACGGCCGUUUGAUGCCACAGCCCUGGAUGCGAGCUUUCGGCGGAAAGAUGACAACUGGCAGGCAUUCUCACAUCGUCUGACGGAAGCAGUGGUGAGGACAAUGCAAGUGAGACCGUCUUGGCAAGAACUGGAUGAAGUGAUGGUUCGUGUAUCAGCUGAGCACUACCCUCCACCACGCAAGUCUCAGCCAGCAGCAGGUCCAAUCCAUCAGGAAUAUUGGAAGAAAGUGCGGCAAAUCCAGGCGCACAAGAGGGCUGGAACCGAGCAUAAUCCAGAAUGCCAGAAGCUUGUGGAGGACAUCAAGGAGGAGGUAUCCUCACAAAUCAAGACAGUGCCAGUGGGGAAAGCAGUCCCCAGCGCAGUGAAAAUUCGCAUUGCGCCAGCACUGCAGAUGAGCUCACAGCUUCAACCUCAGUUUGCGUAUAUACGGCAGAGGGGGGUGCGGGACGCUAUCGCGAAAGCAUGUCAGCACCUCGAUUUCGCGCAGCAGCUCCGUCAAGAGCAUCGCAGGGACCUGCACAAGUCCCAACGCGGAGCCAGGCAGGCUCAGCUGUCAGGUGCACUCACUAUUUCGGUUGAUCUGAGCAAGGCUUUUGAUUCUGUUAAUAGACAUGAGCUGCUAGCAGCCUUGGAUCGCCUGGGAAUAGACCCUGUUACGAAAGAACUGGUAGUUCAACUCCAUAGUGAGACCUCCUACAACAUGGGCACAAGUGGACUAGAGAUUCAAGUUCCCACUUCUUCAGGAAUCAAACAAGGUUGCAAGCUGGCCCCGGCAUUGUGGUCUGCGCUUACACUUCUAGUCAUGAGCAGAAUGGAGCAGAAAUGGGGCCCAGACAGCAAGCAAGCUAGGGACAUCCUAACGGUCUUUGCGGACGAUUUCCUGCUUCAGGAAACCUUUUCGAGCUUUCCUGAACUUCAGAAAGUCCUGCUCAGAAUAGAGGCUCUCUUUCAGUCUCUUGAGGACGUGGGGCUGGAAGUCAAUCCAACGAAGUCUAAAGCCUUGCUAAUGGUUCAGGGCACACAGCAGUCCAUCUUUCGCAAGAUGCACACGAUGCGCAAAGAGAAGCAGCUGCACAUCGUCCUUCCCUCAGGACAUAAGAUUCCGAUUCAUCAUAAGCUAACAUAUCUAGGGGUGCAGCUCAGCUAUGGAUCCUACAAAGACCAGACUGUUGACUAUCGGAUCGCCCAAGCUCAAGGCAAGUUUGAGCUACUUCGACACAUCCUGUGCUCCACUAAGGCUCUGGAUGCUUCAAAGAAGUUGGAGAUCUGGAGGGUCUAUGUGGAAUCCUCACUCUUGCAUGGGCUUGUGGCCACAGGCAUCACUUCAUCAGGUCUUCAGAAGCUCCAGAGUAAAUACUCGAGGAUGCUAAGAUCCAUCUUUAAGCAACAUCAGCAUUACAGCCACAUUGACACGAAGACUCUGUUCGAGCAAUAUAAGGUGCAGACUCCUCAAGCAGUUUUGAUCAGCCAGAUGAAAAACUAUCAAGACGCACUAGAUGCCUGUCAGAAGCACAACCCGGAUCAGAACAUACAGUGGUAUCUGGGACUUAGAGGUAGGAUUGUUGCGCUGCAACAGGAGCUUCGGAGCAUGCAAUUGGACCUGACCGAGGCAGUCCAGGAGGACUUCCGCAAUGUGUGGCAUGCAACAGGCAGCUGCGCACAAUGCAUCAACUUCGCAGACAUGUGGAGUCAGGCAUUUGCCCUCAGCUGCACGAGUUGA